AAAUAAAUGUAAUCCCACAUCCUCUUGGUUGAAACAAGGUUGAAAGAAUUUGCCAAGUUGUGGAAAUUUGAGAAUAAAACAAAUGCACUUUCCUGAACUGAAUUUAUUUGCAAAAAAUGGUCAAGUAGAGCCAUGUUUUUCUUAAUCAUUGUAGUGAAAGCCCUUUUCUGGACGCCAUCAGAAUGUCAAAACCACACUGGAGACAUUACUACAAUCAAUGAAACCCUGAAAAUUAAUUUGCAAUUAGCCAAUAAUGAAGUUGACGAUUGGGAAAAUCCUGGAAUGACGUUAAAAAAUUGGGAGUUUGUUCAAAUCAACAAUGAAACAGUUUUGGUAUCGCUGACCAAAUUCGAGUUGGAUCUGACUUGCGAAGCACCAUUUCCGAUCGAAUGGAAUAUUACGGGUCACAUUGGAGCUCCAGAUUUUAUUCACAUUCAGCCGUAUAAAAGAGAAAUCGCUAAUUUGACGGAUGACGGGAUCGAAUUUCUGUUCAAACUACAGAUUUUAAUUUUCUUUGACCCUGGUAAAAAUGUGACUUCCGCAAGUGCAAGAAUAUACUGUCAACACGCCAUGAACCCAAAAAUCAGUAAAUCGUAUGCUGUUUUCCUACGACAUGAAAGGCACCCCUUUGUUAACAGUGGACAACUCUUGACUGUGGUGGACUCGAAAGUCAUUCCUUGUCCUACUACCGACCCAAAAUUGUCAGUAAACUUGAUUGCUCAAAAUGGACGACCAAUUAGUCCAGUGAAUUAUCUGUACGAUCCUCUGAUAGGCUUUCAGUUCCAAAAUAUGGUACAAGGAAAUUUCACUUGCGUAACUUUGAAUGACACGGUUUCUGUAUCUGCAACCAUUACGCGAACAAUUCCAGGGUAUAACUAUAUCCCGAAAACGCCUCAUGUCAAAAUAUUUACUGACGAGGAAUUGGUAUUGAAAUGUUCUCGCGGUGAUGGGACAGGAAAUAGUGGUUCAAGUAAUAUCGACAUUAUUGUCAGUAUUUCAAUGAAUCACACCUUGAGCAAAACCACGCAAAUCGACAGCCUCACAAAUUCUACAAUUGUGACUGCAAAAAUUCAUAGCUUUGGAGGAAAUGGUAGCGCUUCAUGUGUCAACGUGGCUGACCAGCGUAAUAUUUGGACAUGGGGUUUGGAAUUUGUGGAGCCGCCCACGUUGGUCUUGAACAAUUUCGAAGGAGAAGUAAACUGUGGCUCGGAAUAUAACGACAGAUCUGUCGCCACGGUCCGAUGUCGCGAUCCGCCACAUUGCGAAUACAUGAAGCAUUGUUUUGCAAAUCCCAACCUGUGCAAUUUCAACAUUCGAAAGCAGUUCUACUCUAGCGACUCCAAGCGCUGUUUUAACCCUGUCCUUGGCGAAGGGUACGAUUGCGCCAGCGUUCCAUACGCACAUCUUAAUGGGGCCGUGGCAUGUCAAGCUCGCGGUCUUUUGAGAUAUUUCAUGUUCUUUGUGUCCCUUCAAUUUCUGAGGCGGUCAAGUUGGCAAGAACUACAACCUUCCGAAUUAAUUCAGAUGGAUGAUGUCGAACCAAUUUUGUAUACGAAUAACACUUCGACAUUUUUGUGUCGAGCGGUUGCAUUUUUAUUUGCAGAUGAUUUGAAAUUUUCCAUCGAGUUUAAAAAUAAAACGCAAAAAUUUCUGCAAGGGUCUUCAUUUAACAUCACAGUUCUCGAGGGCUCCUCGUCACGAAAGGUUGACGAAUAUAACGUGCUGGCCGAGUUAAAGAUUGACUUGCCAAUUGAUGCUGUUUCGAUUCAUUGCCAUGCUCCAUGGAUGAACUCGACCGAGUUUUACGAUACUGAACGUCGAUUCGAAACAAGACAUUUACUCCAUCCAAAAAUUUCAGCAACAAAAGAUCAAGCUUUUGCAAAUUUUGUGACUGGAAAAACUACACAAAGACUGAACUGCUCUGGUUUUGGUGAACCGCAACCCACAUAUCGCUGGUUUAAGGAUGGAAUUCCGAUUCAAAAUAGCAGUGUCUCCGAGUCAACUCAAAUUACGACGGGCUCAAAUGGAGAAAGUUUUCUAGAAUUUUUAAAAGUUGACGAUAAUUCUGCUGCAACUUAUUUAUGUGUUGCUGAAAAUAUAGUUGGAAAUGACUCGUUUAGUUUCAAACUAAACACCAUUGAAGAAGAUUCGUCCUCUGUUACUUACGAAGCGUUGAUUGGAACCAUUUUAUUCGUACUGACAGCAGUCAUUAUUGUUUUGGCAUACGUUGUUAACCGCUACUUGAAAGCGCAGGAACUUCUUCGAGGAUUGACGGAGAAUGAAAUUGACGAGUUUUUCAAAGGACGACCCGAACUCGUCAAUUCCAGCCAAGCCCUUAAAGCAGAUAAUUUGGACUUGAUGCCUUAUGAUGUCAAAUAUGAAGUGGAAUUAGAUGACGUUGAGUUUGACGCUUCUGAGGUGCUUGGUUCUGGCGAGUUUUCUGUCGUAGUAAAAGGUCGCAUGAAGUCAAAAAAUAUGAACGUGGCCAUAAAAAUCGCAAAACCUUCGGCUGAUGUGACAUUAUUUAAAACACUUUUAUCGGAAGUUAAGAUAAUGAUCUUUAUUGAAAAUCAUGAAAAUAUCGUUGCCUUGUUUGGAGUUUGUACCCGAAAUAUACGCACACGUAAUAUCCAUAUUGUUUUGGAGUUUUGUGAGAACGGGAGUCUUGAAACGUAUCUCAGAAAAGGACGAGCACGGUUCAUUAAUUUGAUUGAUCAAAAUCAAAGGCUCAGCUUGCAAGUUCUAAAAUCUCGACCUGAUGCCGAGGAUCGUCUAAGCUCUCUUGACCUGAUAAAAUGGGCAAUGCAAAUUGCAAAGGGAAUGGAAUAUCUCAGCUUUAAAGGGGUCGUACACGCAGAUCUAGCCGCAAGAAAUAUCUUAUUGAAUACAGCCAGAGCUGCAAAGAUUUCGGAUUUUGGACUCAGUAAGAAAUUAUACGAGUGCACAAAUUACGUGAAGAAAACGAAGAGCCCCCUUCCCUGGAGAUGGAUGUCGAUUGAAGCUCUAUCAACGCUAACAUUCUCGAAAGAGUCCGAUGUCUGGGCAUACGCUGUGACAUUAUGGGAAAUUUUUAGCCUUGGUGAUACACCUUUUCCUAGUGAGACAUGGGAUAAGGAUUUUUUACAUCGAAUUACUUCUGGCAUGAGAAUGGGACGGCCAAAAUUCGCAACAUUUGACAUUUACAGCCAAAUGGUGAACUGUUGGGAUGAUGACCCAAUGGGCAGGCCAGAGUUUUCGUCUCUACGAAAAUACUUUUCCAAUCUAAUUGAAAAAAUUACAAAUGAACAAAUCCCACAAGAACUUGGAUCUGAACAUAAUUUAACAUUUUUACGCGAACCUGUGUCAACUGGUGGCGAAAGCGAUGGAAAGUACUAUACAAAUGAUGUCAAUUUGUACGCCAACAUGAAUCCGGAGGGUUUGCCCCAAUACGCAAACUAUGACCCUUCCUCUCCUGGACGAAUAAUGUAUUCCAACGUCCCAUAAGCGCAAUAUUUUUAGAAAUCAUUUGUGACAACAUUUAUUUCAUAUAAUAUUUUUCAUAUAUUAAUCUGUCAAUUAUUAGUGUAGUCUUACAUUAGACAUAUCUAUGAAGUAAGUAUAGGAUUUUAUUGUCAAGAAUAUUUUUCCAAAAACUGUUGAUUAAAGCUUUUCAGUCGAA